AAAACUUUUCUUGUUGUUGAUUUAUAUAAAAAUUGUAAUAUGUUUAAAGUUACCAAAAAAAAGACAAAAAGUUAACCUAAAAUUAGCUAAAAGUUACCAUUAAUGUAAACCGGAUGUAUAGAAAAGUUUUUUGUUCCUCUUUGGAAAUUUACACGAGAAUUAAGGAGGAAAAAAUAGGACAAAUAACAAUUACAAACUUUCAUAUGCGUGUGGCCAGCCACAAAUUUAAUUUUUAGGGUAUUUUCAUUUUUACCACCUUCAAAUAAUGACUUUGUCGAAUUUACCACCUCCAAAAAAAAACAUUUACUUUACCACCUCAUAAAAAAAUUAAACAUCAGUUUUACCACCUCAUCUGAGCUCAGGUGACGGAAAACGCUUGUGGGGCCCAGCAUAACGGCUAGUUUUUGAUUUUUUCCCAAAUUUCUCUCGAUUUCCCUUUUAUUUAAACCUAGUUCUUCAUUUGCACACCAAAUUCUUGCAGAUUGGAGAUUAAUUUUUGCGAUUUUCUUCACAAAUCAGUAUUUUUGGGCAACCUUAACAAUCCCAAACCCUCUAAUUAUCAAACAAUCAAUUGAACUCCUCGACAACAAGCAUCAAAUAGAAGGGAAUGUCUUCAGUUAGCAUGUCACCCUCAAAGGAGAAAAAAUGCCAAUGUGGAGUUCCAAUGUCUAGGCUGACUGCUUGGACUAGGGAGAACCCAGGACGCAAGUUUAGGACCUGCAAAUUCUAUGAUCCUGUGACUGAGUCAAGGGGGUGUAAAGAUUUUGAGUGGGUGGAUCAACCAGAUGGAACACCUUGGCAAACAGAGGUGAUUAACAACUUGCUGCUGGACAAGAAACUAAUGAAGGGAGAGCUGAAUGACAUGAAGAGGGAAGUUGAUGAUGUUAGUGGACAAAGGAGGUGCUUGCUCAAUGAGAUUGACAGCUUGAAGAUGAAAUGCAAAGCUCUUAGCUCAGACAGGAAGAAGAUGAUCAAGGAAGUGCAUGGCAGCAAUGCAACAACAAAGAAAAUGCUCACAAUACAUGCUAUUGUUGUGUUUUGUUGUUUUGGUUUGGUACUGGCUAUGUAUUUUAGAUCUUAGGUUCAUUUAGGAAUGCUUAGAAACAAAAAAAAUCCCCAAC